UCCACGCUAUCCUAACGCGAAGUUGGAAAAGCAUAUAAGAAGGCCCCAAAAUCCACACCCGAAGCAAAUCUUAACCGCUCGUAGUUCUCAUCCAACGGUCGGAAUCGUCUAUCAACGUCUCCCGAAUCUGCCCCACGCCCCACUCUCGAGGCGUCCCAAUUCCUCCUCCCAAAAACUGCCUCACUGUGGUAUUCCUCCAGCCGAGGGGAACAAAAAGACCUAGAGAGAGAAAGUAGAGAGAGAAAGAGAAAAACCCCCGAAAGAAGGAUUUUGGAAGAAACGCAGAUCUCUCUCUGGAUGGUAUAGGUUUUGUGAACUUCUUUUGACUGAAAGGUGCCUCUUUGUCCAGUGAAUUACAUCGGUUUUGGUCUGGACUCUGGAAUAUAUUCCUUCCUUCAAUAAUGGAAGAAGGACUUUCUAGCUUUUGGGGUCCUGUCACAACCACUGACUGGUGCGAGAGGAACUAUAUUUACUCCUCCUAUAUUGCAGAGUUUUUCAACACCAUAUCAAACAUCCCAUGCAUUGUUUUGGCACUCUUUGGUCUUAUAAAUGCUCUAAGACAGCGGUUUGAGAAGAGGUUUAGUGUCCUCCACAUAUCUAAUAUGACACUUGCCAUUGGGAGCAUGAUUUAUCAUGCGACUUUACAACGUAAACAACAGCAAGGCGAUGAAACACCAAUGGUAUGGGAAAUGCUCUUGUAUAUCUACAUCCUCUACUCUCCAGAUUGGCAUUACCGGAGCACAAUGCCAACCUUCUUGUUCCUUUAUGGUGCCGCAUUUGCUGUUUUCCAUUCACUAGUUCGCUUUGAAAUCGGCUUCAAAGUGCAUUACGUGAUCCUGUGCCUACUCUGCAUCCCUCGGAUGUACAAGUACUACAUACACACAAAAGAUGCACACGCAAAGUGGCUUGCAAAGUUGUAUCUCGGCACCAUAUUCGUUGGAAGUCUUUGCUGGCUCUUGGAUCGUCUGUUCUGCAAGAACAUCUCCAGUUGGUUCAUUAACCCGCAGGGUCAUGCUCUGUGGCACGUCCUUAUGGGGUUCAAUUCUUAUUUCGCCAACACGUUCUUGAUGUUCUGUCGUGCUCAACAACGGGGAUGGAAUCCAAAAGUGGUCCACUGCUUGGGGUUAUUGCCUUAUGUGAAGAUAGAGAAACCAAAGACCCAGUGAGUGAAUUUGUUGCGCUGGAAAACAAGCUCUCUCUCUCUCUAUUUCUAGCUUUACCACUCAAAUAUUUUGAAGUAGGUGUAUUCUUUGCUUUGUUUUACUUGACGGAUGUAAAUGAUAGUUUUGAGUUCAUGCAAUCAUUCUUAUGCUAUAGAACUGGUGUUUUUGUCGAGCAAAUGAGAAAAGGGUAUUAGAAUUGUUUUAUUUCUACCAUACUGUGUAUCCAGUUAGUAUUGGAAAAGGGGGGCUUUGAGACACAACAAAAGGUUAUUUUAUUUAUUUUUUUAAAUAAGAAAAAAAGAGAGAUCAGGGAUUUUUUUUA